GUUUCAUCGGAUUUUAUGAAAAUUGGAGCAUUACAGGUGGCCUUCAGUGCGUUGGAAGAGCUGAGACUAGGGGACAUGCCCGCAUUGACACAUUUGUGGAAGGGUCCUACUCAACUUGUACAGCUUCGCAACCUUACUUUUCUAGAACUGAAGAGAUGUGAUAAACUGGAAAGCAUGUUCUCAUUAUCCAUAGCCAGAGAUCUGAUGCAACUAGAGAUACUUCGUGUAUCUGAAUGUCGUAAAUUGGAAGUACUUAUUUCGAGUGAAGAAGAAGGAGAUGAAAAUGAGAUAGCAUCAACAACAAUAGAAGCAACAGAUAAAAUUGUGUUUCCUAAACUAGAGGACUUGUAUCUCCAAGGCCUGCCAAGUUUUACUGCUAUCUGCAAGGCUACGAAUGGAAUUGAGCUGCUGCAAUUGAACAAGCUAAGACUCAGCCAGAUGCCAAAGCUCAGUAGUUUUUGUAAUACUUCGGAUAGCAAUUACAAUACUAUUCAACCUCUCUUCAAUAAGGUUAAAUUAAUUACCAUUGAGAAAUUGGUGAUCUCUGGAAUGGAUAACGUGAUAGAGAUAUGGCCUAGGGAACUUCAACCUAAAGUGGGAGAGAUGUUAAUUUCGCAUUGUCGUAAGCUAUUGAAUAUUCUCAAGGGCAUGCAGAGUAUUGAACGACUUAUAGUGGGGUGCUGUCAAUCUGUGGAAGUAGCAUUUGAUCUUGAAGGAAUAAUUGUUAGAGAAGGCUAUCCAGAUAUCGUGCUCCCUUCAUUAACAGAAUUGGCCCUACUUUAUCUACCAAAGUUGACACAUGUUUGGAAGAACAACUUACUAAGAAUUCCAAGCGUUCAGAACCUGACAUCCUUAACAAUAGUGGGUUGUAGCAGUUUGAGAUAUAUAUUCUCAUCUUCUCAAGCCAAACUUCUUGUGAAACUACAAGAAAUAUGUGUAGCUGAAUGUGGUGUGCUGGAAGCAAUUGUUAAUGAGGAACCAAAAGUAGAUGAUGAAGUCGCAACAAAUAUAAUCAUGUUCCCUCAACUAAAUAGUCUCAAACUCUGUCAUCUGCCAAACCUCAAGAGUAUAUGUCCCCAAGCUUACACAUUUGAAGGAUCAUUCAUCAAGAAGAUAAAAGUAAUCAACUGUCCCAACAUGAGGGCACUCCCUUCAGCAUUGCAGCGCAUGCUAGAGCUACAAGAGAGCAGUGUUCGAGAAGUGGAAUUUUUUAACUCAGCUCAACAUCAUCUCUUGGAUAGAAAGUUUAGUUUAAGCCGAAAGAUAGGCCAUUUACAUGUGUGCACGCAUCAUUGA